AUGUUGUUGAUUAAACGAAUAUGCUCGUCAGUGGUGCUGGUAUUGGCGGUAAAUAUUGCGAGAGCUUUAUUGCCAGAUGAUUUUGAGGAGCAACAAUUUACGGGUGAUAAUUUACAACAAGAUUGUGCAUCGAGAUGCCCCGACCUAGAUUUCAAUCAGGCAAAGACUAAAGUUCAUUAUUUAUAA